CGGAAGUGCCCUGCUGGGGCGCCGACGCGUCCAUCAUGGCGGCCGCGGCCGCCUCUCCGGCUCUGAAGAGGCUGGACCUCCGCGACCCCGCGGCGCUCUUCGAGACCCACGGCGCGGAGGAGAUCCGCGGGCUGGAGCGCCAGGUGCGCGCCGAGAUCGAGCACAAGAAGGAGGAGCUGCGGCAGAUGGUGGGCGAGCGGUACCGCGACCUGAUCGAGGCGGCCGACACCAUCGGCCAGAUGCGCCGCUGCGCCGCGGGGCUGGUGGACGCCGUGAGGGCCACCGACCAGUACUGCGCCCGCCUCCGCCGGGCCGGCUCGGCCGCGCCCCGGCCGCCGCGGGACCCGCAGCCCCAGCAGCCAUCCCAGGAGAAGUUCUACAGCAUGGCUGCCCAGAUCAAGCUUCUCCUGGAAAUCCCGGAGAAGAUCUGGAGCUCCAUGGAGUCCUCGCGGUUUCUCCACGCCGCCCAGCUCUACCUGCUUUGCUGCUGCCUCCACAAGCUGCUGCAGCUGGAGUCUUCCAGUUCCCGACACAGCCCGGUCCUCUCCCGGUUCCCCAUACUCAUCCGGCAGGUGGCGGCCGCCAGCCACUUCCGGUCAACCAUCCUGCACGAGAGCAAGAUGCUGCUCAAACGGCAAGCCGUGUCCGACCAGGCUGUGGCAGAGGCCCUGUGCUCUGUCAUGCUCUUGGAAGAGAGUUCUCCGCGCCAAGCCCUGACAGACUUCCUGUUGGCCAGAAAGGCAGCAAUCCAGAAACUUCUCAACCAGCCUCACCACGGUGCUGGUAUCAAGGCGCAGAUUUGCUCGCUGGUGGAGCUGCUGGCCACCACUCUGAGCCAAGCGCACGCUCUCUUCUACACUUUACCAGAGGGGCUGCUGCCAGACCCCUCGCUGCCGUGUGGCCUGCUCUUCUCCACGCUGGACAGCAUCACCAGCCAGCACCCUAGCGGAAAAGGUGUUGGUGUUCUGCAGGACGAGAUGAAGCUGUGCAGCUGGUUCAAGCACCUGCCCGCGCCCGUUGUCGAGUUCCAGCCAGCUCUCCGGACGCUGGCGCAUCCCAUCAGCCAGGAGUACCUGAAGGACACGCUGCAGAAGUGGAUCCACGUGUGUAAUGAAGACAUCAGAAACGGGAUCAGCAGCCUGCUGAUGUACGUGACAAGCACGAAGGGGCUGGCGGGGAUCCGGGAUGCAGUCUGGGGGUUACUCGCCAACGAGUCGAUCCACCACAGCUGGGAUGUGGUCUGCCGGCGGCUCCUGGACAAGCCGCUCUUGUUCUGGGAGGACCUGAUGCAACAGCUGUUCCUUGACCGGCUGCAGACUCUGACCAAAGAAGGCUUCGAUUCCAUUUCCAGUGGUUCCAAGGAGCUCCUCAUUUCAGCCUUGCGGGAACUUGAAGGCAGCGGCGCGGCUUCAGGCAGGCACCUCCACUCCGAGCACAACAUGGCUGUCUUCCUGUGGUCCGAGAGCCCCGGCGACCUGCCCCCUGAUGCCGCCUGGGUCAGCGUGGCCAGCCGGGCUCCGUUUCAGGGCAGCGGGCUCUCCAUGAAGGCACAGGCUGUUAGCCCUUGUGUGCAGAGCUUCUGCUCUGCCCUGGAUUCUAAACUGAAGGUGAAACUGGAGGACCUCCUGGCCUACCUCCCCUCUGGUGACCCGUCGCCCCGCCAGGACACCUCCUCCAUGGCAGCUGAGAGCUGCGCCUUCGACAGAUUCGCAGACGCGGAGACCGUGCAGGAGACGCUGCGGACACACUCCACGGCCUGCAUCCAGGACAUCGCGGACUGCAUCCAGGCAGAGCUGCAGAGCAUCGAACAGGCUAUUCAAGGGCAGCAGGACGUGCUCGAUGGGGCCAAGCUGCACUCCGCCCUCUUCAUGGCCCGACUAUGCCAGUCCCUGGGGGAGCUGUGUCCCCACCUGAAGCAGUGCAUCCUAGGAAGAUCGGGGAGCCCUGAGAAGCCCGCCCAGGACUCCCGGGCUCUGAAGAAACAGGGGAAGGGGAAGGCGCAGGAGGUCCUCCCUACACAGGCCAGGUGGCAGGACGUGAAAGAGCUCCUCCUGCAGCAGAGCGUGACGGGCUACCGGGUUUGGGGCUCGGCGGUCGUGAGGGUUCUGGCCCAUGGAUUCGCCCAGUCAUUACUUGUAGACGAUGCUGGCUCCGUCCUGGCCACCGCCACCAGCUGGGAGGAACUGGAAAUCCAGGAGGAAGCGGAGUCUGGCAGCAGCAUCACGUCCAAGAUCCGACUCCCUGUACAGCCGUCCUGGUAUGUCCAGUCCUUCCUGUUUAGCUUGUGCCAGGAAAUCAAUCGGGUUGGAGGCCAUGCCUUGCCAAAGGUGACCCUGCAGGAGAUGCUGAAAAGCUGCCUGGGUCAAGUAGUUGCCGCCUACGAGAAGCUCUCAGAAGCCAAGCAGCUGAAGAAAGAAGGUGCCUUUCCAAUGACCCAGAAUCGGGCACUGCAGCUGCUCUAUGAUCUGCGUUACCUCAGUGUCGUCCUGACAGCCAGGGGUGAAGAGAUGAAAAGCGGCCGCUGCAGACAGGACCCCAGAGUUGAGAAAGUGGCUGACUACCUAGAAACGCUCAUCGACCCAUUUGACCUGGACGUUUUCACACCCCACCUUCACAGCAACCUCAACCGCCUGGUGCAGCGGACCUCUGUUCUCUUUGGACUGGUGACAGGUCUGGAGAACCAGUUCACCCCCAGGAGCAGUACGUUCAACUCCCAGGAAGCCCACAACAUCCUGCCACUGGCGUCAAGCCAGAUCAGGUUUGGGCUUCUUCCACUGAGCAUGACAAGCACACGAAAGGCCAAGUCAGCUGGCGGAAGCAUGGAAACCAAACCCCAGCGGCAGGUGGCGCCCCCGGCGCUCUCCCGAGCAGACGACCCCAGGCAGGCCGGUUCCCUGUUCAGGCAGCUGGUCGCUGACGAGGAAGACUCGGCCGCACCCUCGCUGUUCAAACUUGGGUGGCUCUCCAGCAUGACCAAGUGACGAGGACGCUCCGUCUGUCUAAAUAAAUACUCCUGCGUUAUUUCUCCUA